AUGGCGUCGGUGACCCCCCUGGAUGUCCAUUUGAUGAAGGCGACGACGGAAGACGCAGCGCCAGGCUUCGCGCCGAAAGACACGACCGUCCCGAUCGUCACAACUUCGUCAGUGCUAGGAAUCACCUACAACAAUGGAAUUCUCUUGGUCGCCGACACUCUCGCGUCUUACGGCCGGAUGACGCGCUUCAAGGACGCCUCGCGGUUCUUCACCCUGGGCUCGCACACUGCGGUCGCGUCCACCGGGGACUACUCCGACCACCAAAUGAUGGAGCGAACGCUUUCGCGGUACGCUCUGAAGGACUUCCUCCACGACGACAACUCCGUUCGGACCGCACACCAGUACGCAGCUUUGCUGUCGCGACUGAUGUAUCAGAAGCGAAGUCGGAUGGAUCCCUGGUGGUUGAGCGUAGUCGUCGCAGGGUACCAAGGCGAGCGGUCGGAAGCGCGCGAAGUCUCCGAGGAGCAGAAGAAACCCUUCACUCUCGGAUACGUCGACAUGUAUGGCACUUUCUACGAGGAAGAGGUGAUUGCUACCGGCCUUGGACGCUACUUCGCUGUCACUCUCAUGAGAAAUCGACACCGCCCAGAUAUGUCUGAAGAAGAGGCGCGACAGCUGUUGGAGGAGUGCAUGCGAAUUCUUUUCUACCGAGACUGCGGCGCGUCCAAUCGGAUUCAGUUCACGAAGGUCACAGCUGAAGGCGUCAGUGUGGAAGAGCCAUACGUUCUCGACAGCAAAUGGGAUUACGAGCACUACGUGAAGAAGACGAUGGACAUGGGUUUGGCGGGCUGCGCUUGGUGAACAGGGAGAAAGAGCUGUGUGUUUGAGAAGUUCCUCAUCUCACUGGAUAGGAAACUGAGAGUUUCCAAGAAUGGUGAAGAGAGACGAACGCGAAGGAACUGGACUUGGAGUACGCGGUUUUUAGGGACAUGCAUUUCACCUGUUUCCGCGAAGAAUGACAACAAGCAUGUCGCGGUCGAUGCCGUCUUGUUCUCUCUGUCGCGUCUGGCUGCUCUAGGGAGGCGAGCGUGAAGAGAUGGUCGCUCUCUCUCUCUCUCGUCUUUUAGAGGGGCAGGUGCCGUGCAGUUUCGGUGAUUCGAGCCUCGUGUACGCGUUUUCUUCUCGGUGUGUGAUUCGCGCGAAGGACG